AUGCUGUUCUUCGGCCUUGGCGGCCUCUUCUACGUCUCCGUCUUGCUCGUCAACGCCAUCGCCGUUCUCUCCGAAGACCGCUUCCUCGCCCGCAUCGGCUGGGGCCAGUCCGCCGAGCCGGGCUUCGGCGGUGUCCAAGACACGCAGAGUGUGAAGGCGAAGCUGAUAAACCUCAUUGCCUCGGUACGGACAUUGAUGAGAACCAAUCUCUCGCUUCGCAUGGAGCUGGGCCCCUUCCCCACGAACACGACCCCGGCGCUGACGCGUAAAUGCCUGCUCUCUCCAGUACCCCUCAUCGGCAUCAACACCAUGGUCAUUCUCUACGAGCUCAUACUAGGAUGA